AUGUUCCUUCAAGCUGACCCUGGCGCCACAAUGACUUUCGUUGCUGGCGGUGCUCUGAAACCCAUUGGCGGUCAUAUCUUGUCCCAUGCGUCCGCUACAAGAAUGUUCCUUCGUAAAGGUCGAGCGGAAGAACGUGUGGCAAAGCUCGUCGACAGUCCUGACCGCCCUGAAAGUGAAGCUUCUUAUAAACUAGACGAAGGUGGCUGGGCAGAUGUUUGA